UGGACGUAGUUAACACUUCCCCCUUCCGUUUUCCGCGACCUACUCAACCACCGCCCUCUCGCUCGGUUGCUCCCUUUUUUUCUCUAGUCUCACCUCACUGCAAGAGAGCAGAGAGAGAGAGAUAAGAAAAUGAAACAGAGAGCAUGGGCAUUCCUCGCAGACGGUGAACAGAUCACAGCUCUUUCGUUGGGAAACAACAACAACAACGACAGAAAGAGCAGGAGAAGCAACGAAAAAUACAAGCCACAAGAACGACGACAUCUAGAGGUUUGUGGAAGCAGAUGCAACUUUACCGUCACUUCCGCACCUAGAAGAACCGAGUCGACCCGUCGCAGCCGCUUCGAUACCAACGCAUCGUCCUCGCAGAUUGCCCACCAUGAUUUCUCUUUACUACCAUUUGAUGUAUUGGCUAAGGUUGCAGCUUCCUUCACCCUCUCAAAUCUCCAAUCGGCUUCCUUGGUUUGCCGCUCGUGGCGGGACGCCCUUCGACCUCUCAGGGAGGCUAUGUUGUUCCUCCGCUGGGGAAAGCGGUUCAAGCAUGGCCACGGUGGGGUCCGCCCCAACCUCGACAAGGCUCUUGAUUCCUUCUUGAAGGGUGCCGCCCGUGGCUCUACGCUUGCCAUGGUCGAUGCCGGUCUAAUUUACUGGGAGAUAGGCAAGAAGGGGGAGGGUAUUGCCUUGUACAAGAAGGCUGCUGAACUCGGUGAUCCUGCUGGGCAGUGUAAUUUGGGGAUUUCUUACUUGCAAGCUGAACCUUCUAACCCAAAGGAAGCUAUGAAAUGGUUAUACCAAGCUUCCGUUGCUGGCCAUGUCCGUGCUCAAUACCAGCUUGCACUCUGUUUGCAUCAAGGUCGUGGAGUGGAGUCUAAUCUAGCUGAAGCUGCUAAAUGGUAUCUUAGAGCUGCAGAAGGUGGGUAUGUGCGUGCUAUGUACAACACUUCAUUGUGCUACUCAUUUGGUGAAGGUUUGGUGCACAAUCAUCAACAAGCAAGGAAAUGGAUGAAGCGGGCUGCUGAUCGUGGCCAUAGUAAAGCUCAGUUCGAGCAUGGCCUUAGUCUCUUCUCUGAAGGGGAAAUGAUGAAAGCAGUAGUCUACCUCGAGCUUGCUACACGAGCAGGUGAAACUGCUGCAGCUCAUGUUAAGAAUGUAAUCCUCCAACAGCUUUCUGCAACUUCACGUGACCGUGCCAUGCACCUAGCUGACAAUUGGCGGGCUCUUCCUUCUCGUUGAGAUGUGUAUUUCAACAGUUUGUAUACAUCACAUUUACAUUUUUUACCGGGCUCUUCCUUCUUGCUGAGCUAUGUAUUUAAACAGUUUGUGUACAUUAUAUUUUUACUUGCAUUUUUUUGUACCCAUGCAUAACUUAA